AUGGAUUGUUACCUGUCCCUGCCUCUGGCCGUGACGUGUCGGAGUUUCUGUUCGCUUUCGUCGUCCCACUCCGCAUCCGCGCGGACGACGAGCCGUCGCCCGCCUCGCGCUCGCGAUUCAUCGCCCUCGGCAGACGCCACCUGUCGCAUGAACGCGCUCGGACGCGUCGCCGCCCGCAGCGUCCUCGUCUCGUCCGUUUCGCGCGUCUCGCGGGCGUCGUCGAGCCGCGUAGGGAGUCUUCGACGCGCGACGACGACCGCGCGUCGCGGCGUCGCCGCGGCCGUGGCGAGCGCGGACGACGUCCCGAGCUUCGUCGGGAGGUGGACGCGCGCGUCAGAGGAGAGCGUCAACGCGGCCGCGUACCUCGCCGCGCACGGCCUCACCCCCGAGAAAGCCGCCGAACGCGCGCUCGCGCCGUACGAGCAAGAGUGGAGAGAGACGGGCGAGGAAGAGGGCGAGUUCCGCGUCCUUACCGACCCGGGCACGGGCAAGGGCGUCCGAUCGAUCGUCUACCCGCUCGGCGAGUGGGAGGAGCCGUUUAAAGGCGGCAGCGAGCUGUUCGGCGAAGAGGGCGGCAGCGUGUUCCGAAACACGUCGUACGAGGACCACCCGAGCGCGGGCGGGAAGGUGCACCUCACGGAGAGCGUCACGCCGUUGGGGUGGGAGGCGACGCAGCGGACGUUGGAGGACGCGAACACGAUGAUCGUCGAGCGGACGUUUACGCCGCGAAACGCGGACGGCUCGGGGGGGGACCAGGUGUCGAGCAGAGAGGUGUUCAAGCGCGUCGUGAUCUUCAAGCCGAUGGACGCGUGA